AAGUAGAAAAAAUAAAAAUGAAGCUGCUGAGAGAACCUCGUUUUUUGCGGUCAUAAAGAGGUUCGGACUGAACAUUUUGAAGAAGAACGAAGACCACGAAAAAUCAAACCUCUACAGUGUGUGCUGCCACUACUACUUAAGGAGAUAAUCGUGUCCCUUUCCUCAGUCGAGACUCAUUUUGGCGUACACCUCUACAUCACCCUCAUCAUCUCCUUCUCCACCGCCCAUCAUCUCUGUCGCGAGUUUGAACUCUUGUGACAUCUUGGUUUUGAGUUUUGUAGCUGUCCUAUCAUGGACAAACAGCAAAAACUACUCUUCCACAUCUUUGUCUGCUUCUCUUUCCUUUUGCUUCUCUCAGAGAACACGAGGGUGUACGGUUCAUCUCACCACCACCAUCACCACCACCACAGACAUCGUCCUCUCUUCAAUUUUAGACCAAGCAAGCUCUUUGUAUUUGGAGACUCGUACGCAGACACGGGCAAUAACAGGAAUUCUUUAGCAAAUUCAUGGAAAGUUCCCUAUGGAAUCACAUUUCCAGGCAAACCUGCUGGUCGGUUCUCAGAUGGCCGUGUCUUGACUGAUUUCAUCGCUAAGUCUCUCGGAAUCAAGUCUCCGAUCCCAUACAGAUGGAGAAAUGUGGGGAUCGAGCACUGGAAAAACGGGAUGAAUUUCGCAUAUGGAGGCACUGGGGUGUUCCCUACCUUGGCUCCAGAUCCGAACAUGACCACACAGAUUGAUUUUUUCCAAGAUAUCAUCCAUAAGAAAAUCUACUCUAGAUCAGACCUAUGUUCCUCCAUGGCCCUUGUUUCCGUCGCUGGUAAUGACUAUUCAACUUAUGCUACCACAAACGGCUCACCACAGGGCUGGCAACCUUUCAUUAUAAAAGUAGUGAAUCAACUAGUUAUGAACAUGAAACGCAUUCAUGGCAUGGGAGUGAACAAAGUGGUUGUCACCGCCCUCCAACCUCUGGGGUGUCUUCCCCGCAGCACCUUCACGUCCUCAUUCCAGCAAUGUAACGGAACCGAAAACGACCUUGUCGGUUUCCACAACCUCUUGUUGCAACAAGCAGUCACUAAGUUGAAUAAUGAGACUAAGGAUUCUACGUUUGCCAUUCUUGAUCUCUACAAGGCAUUCAUGGAUGCUUUCAAAAGCCAAGGAAAAAAUCCAGGAAGUUCGAAGUUCGGGAAUCCGUUGAAGCCAUGUUGCACUGGUAUAUCCACUGAUUAUGGCUGUGGAAGUGUAGAUGCGAAUGGAGCGAAAAAGUAUGUAGUUUGUGAUGAUCCUGAAUCUACAUUUUUUUGGGACACAGUGCACCCUACGCAGGAGGGAUGGCGAGCUGUGUAUUCAGCUUUGCUCCAAGAACAAUAAUUGUAGGAAAAAGAGAAAUUGGUGAUGUGAAGUAGUUUUUCCUGUUAAGCAUUCCAAUAAAAUGAUCUUUGGAUCUACUUUUCUUUUA